GCGAAACAGCCUGUCCAGUCCUCACGUUGUUUGUGUUGGUUGAAUUGUUCUGUAUACAUUUUCCUAUAUAUCAUUCAUAUACAUAUUCAAACAAACGCAGAUGUCUGCACCGCCAGCAGAGGAGCUGGUCAAACAGUGGGAGAGUGAACAGGCUCGUCUGAGACAGCAGGUGGUGGAGGAGGACACUGAAGACUGGCAGAGGACUCCAGGCUUCUCUGGCCUGGAGAGAGUCGGUGGAGUGGACCUCUCCUUCAUCAAAGGGGAUGACGUCAAUGCCUGCGCCCAGCUUGUAGUGCUCAGCUACCCCGACCUGGAGGUGCUGUAUGAGGACAGUCAGAUGGUGACUCUGACAGCCCCCUACAUAGCUGGUUUCCUGGCCUUCAGAGAAACCCCCUUCCUCCUGGAGGCUCUGCAGCGGCUGCAGAGGAAGCAGCCCACACUUCUCCCUCAGGUGGUGUUUGUGGAUGGGAACGGUCUCUUCCACUACAGAGAGUUCGGCCUGGCGUGUCAUCUGGGAGUGCUAUCCGGGCUGCCGUGUGUGGGCGUGGCCAAGAACCUGCUGCAGGUGCAGGGGGUGAACAAGGAUGAGGAGCACCAUUUGCAGAUCGCUGCUCUGCAGAAAGGAGGAGACAGCUUCCCACUCACUGCUGCCUCAGGCAAAGUGCUCGGAAAGGCGCUGCGUAGCUCUGAUAAGAGCUCCAAGCCAGUUUACGUGUCCGUGGGCCACAAGAUCAGCCUGGACACAGCUGUACGCCUCACACACUCCUGCUGCCGCUACCGGGUCCCUGAGCCCAUCAGACAGGCCGACUGUCGCUCCAGAGAAUACCUUCGCAUACACUUCUCAGCUGCAGACACAGAAAUCAAAGAAUGAGGUUGAUGACAGAAAGGAUCUCAAGAAUGUUGACACCAGCAUCUGCAGCAGCUUUGUGACGCUUCCAUUAAUGUGUGUGUGUGUGUCUUUGUGUGUGUGUGUG